AUGUCGGGCGUCCCCCAGAAGUUCUGGGGCUCGCCGAUACGGUACCUGCGGUGGGCGGCACACGAGAAGCCAGCGAUCUUCUGGAGCGUUAUUAUCGGAGGACUAGGCCCGGCGUCAUUUGCGUUCAUCCCGCCCUUGAGGAGGUACUUCGGCGAUGUAGACCCCCCGAGGCUCCCGUUGACCUAUCCUGUGCCCAAAGGUUCCAGGAAGAUUCCAGAGGGCUUUGACGAUCCCGAAUAG